AUGGCGUUGAAAGCGAGAGUUUUAUAUGACUUCGCCUCCGAAAACCCCGGAGAGAUCACCAUAACGGAGAGCGAAGUGGUGACCCUGUUCAGCGAGGAGGAGCUGGACGGGUGGCUUGAGGGGCAGAACAGCAGGGGGGACACGGGGCUGUUCCCGGCCUCCUAUGUGGAGGUCAUACGUCUUGAUAACCCCGCUGACAGCAGUAACGGUUUACCCUCCGGACCGGACUCCCGGUCUGCCGGUUACGACUCCUCUUUCCAGUCCCGGCCCGCAGUCUCGACACCGAGCCACGCCGCCUCGUCCCCGGCGGUCACCAGACCAGCCGAGGGUAGUGACGACGACUGGGACGACGACUGGGAUGACAACUCCACCGCGGCAGCGAACGAGCUGUCAGGUGUCAGAGGUGGGCCCUCCACCUACACGGUGACGACCUCUCUGCCUGGCCGGCGUGGGAAUGCGCAACAGCAGGCUAAAAGCUCGGCGACGGUUGGCAGAAACCUGAACAGAUUCUCCACCUUCGUCAAGUCUGGAGGAGAGGCGUUUCUCUUAGGGGAGGCCUCGGCUUUUGUUGAGGGUGGGGACAGGAUUUGUGUCAUCGUGGGGCAGCAUGGACCAGAGUGGCAGGAGAACCCCUACCCAUUUACAUGUGCCAUCGAUGACCCCACGAAACAGACCAAGUUUAAAGGAAUGAAGAGUUAUAUGUCCUACGGCCUGACUCCGACUCACACCAACACGCAGGUCAACCGCAGGUAUAAACAUUUCGACUGGCUAUACGCCCGGCUGGUGGAGCGCUUCCCUGUCAUCUCGGUGCCCCACCUCCCAGAGAAACAGGCUGCCGGCCGCUUUGAGGAGGAUUUCAUCUCCAAACGGAGGCGAGGCCUGACCUGGUGGUUGAACCAUAUGACCGGCCACCCAGUGCUGGCGCGCUGUGACGUCUUCCAGCAUUUCUUAACAUGUGGGACAGACGAGAAGGCCUGGAAACGUGGCAAGAGGAAAGCCGAGAGAGACGAGCUGGUCGGGGCCAACUUCUUUCUCACCAUUAGCACACCUGCGGUUCCUCUGGACCUUCACGAGGUGGAGAGUAAGAUUGAAGGCUUCAAGUCCUUCACCAAGAAGAUGGACGAGAACAUCGUUAUUGUAAACGCUGCCGUCAACGAGUUCGCCCGCAAGCAGAUGACAGGAUUCAAGAAGGAGUAUCAGAAAGUGGGCCAGUCCUUCAAGCUCCUGGGCCAGGCAUUUGAGCUGGACCAGCAGGUCUACUCAGAUGGGCUGAACCGAGCCAUCGCCUACACCGGAGAGGCCUACGAAGUCAUAGGGGAGUUUUUCGCUGAGCAGCCCAGUCAAGACCUGGAACCCAUAUCGGAUUUGUUGGAUCUCUACAGAGGACACCUGGCAAAUUAUCCCGACAUUGUCCAUGUUCAGAAAGGAGCACUAACCAAGGUGAAGGAGUGCCCCAAACAGGAGGGAGAGCUCCGGGACCGAUGCAACAUCAUUUCCUGCGCCACGCUGGCAGAGAUCCAACAUUUCCACCGCACCAGGGUUCGAGACUUCCGCUGGCAGAUGCAGCAUCACCUCCAUCAGCAGAUCUCCUUCUUUCAGAAGAUCACCACCAAGCUUCAAGAUGCGCUCCAGAGAUACGACGAGGAACAAUAG